AUACUAUAACGAAGAUUUUUGCCGGCUUAACGACCGGCGUAUCUUUUCUACUCUCAUUUUUAAAUGAUUAUCGUUUAACUAAAAUACAAUUUUCUUCUGUUACAAAAGAUUCUCUGUACCAGAUAGAGACCAAACCUUUUUCAACAAUGGUUGAGAUUAUAUCUUUUUGGAUUUUCUGCUUCGUGAGGAACAGAGAGCUCUUUGAAGACGAUGACAAGAAGAUGAACCCUUUGUUUGACUUCUUGAGAAGGAAGAAUCAGAGUUUCUCGAUUCUUUGUUUCUUCUCUACCGGAAAGUCAACAUAACCGGCUCUUGGUCCCAUUGGAGAGAGCAUCAUCCUAAGCUCUCUACCAGGUUUGACCAAGCUUAUAGCCUUGGAGAACUUUUGAUUUCGAUCUUGACGCUUUAAAUUACCUCUACAUUCUGUUCAACAUUCUGGGUGAAACGUGCGAGAGAUGAUGGCUUGUUGCUUGCGAAAGAAAAGGCGCAUGAAAGUUAAACUCUCAUGGAAGUCAAAGAAGAGAGAUUUGUCUCCUGCCGGUAACUGGGCGCCAGAAGAUGAUGAUGUUGAAGGGAAAAUCGUAUUCUUUGGAGGAAGUAACUAUACCUUUGAUUUGGAUGAUUUGUUAGCUGCAUCUGCAGAAAUUUUGGGGAAAGGUGCUUAUGUCACAACCUACAAAGUAGCUGUGGAGGACACUGCCACAGUAGUAGUGAAGAGAUUGGAGGAGGUGGUUGUCGGAAGACGAGAGUUUGAGCAACAAAUGGAGAUCGUUGGUAGAAUAAGGCAUGAUAAUGUAGCUGAGCUUAAAGCCUACUACUAUUCCAAAAACGAUAAGCUUGCUGUUUAUAGCUAUUACAGUCAAGGAAACCUAUUCGAGAUGCUGCACGGAGAUAAAGGAGAGAACCGAGUACCUUUAGAUUGGGAGUCCCGGUUAAGAAUCGCCAUUGGUGCAGCAAGAGGGUUGUCUAUUAUCCAUGAAGCAGACGACGGGAAGUUUGUCCAUGGCAAUAUCAAAUCCUCCAAUAUCUUCAUGAACUCGCAAUGCUAUGGCUGCAUAUGCGAUCUCGGCUUAACACACAUCACGAAAUCUCUACCUCAGACUACCUUACGUUCAUCAGGUUACCACGCACCUGAGAUAACAGACACGAGAAAGUCCACACAGUUCUCUGAUGUAUACAGCUUCGGAGUGGUAUUACUCGAGCUUCUAACAGGGAAAUCUCCCGCGAGUUUGCUAUCAACAGACGAAAACAUGGACUUGGCGAGCUGGAUAAGGUCGGUGGUGUCGAAAGAGUGGACAGGAGAAGUAUUCGACAUCGAGCUAAUGAGGCAAAUGGAUAUAGAAGAAGAGAUGGUUGAGUUGUUGCAAAUAGGUUUGGCUUGUGUUGCCUUGAAACCUCAAGAUCGACCUCAUAUAACACAUAUUGUAAAAAUGAUACAAGACAUUCCAACAAACUUCAAUCUUUAAAGCAUUUUCUCAAACA